AUGGGAGGGGCAGGCGUUGUGCUGCUGCUGCUGCUGGCUGGAGCGGGCGCCGGGGUGGCCUGGAGACCACCAAAGGGAAAGUGCCCUCCGAGCUGCUCCUGCUCCAAGGAUAGUGCCCUGUGUGAGGGCUCUCCAGACCUGCCCGAGAGCUUCUCCCCGACCCUGCUGUCACUCUCACUCGUUAGGACUGGAAUCACCCAGCUGAAGGCCGGAAGCUUCCUGAGGGUGCCCACACUGCACCUGCUCCUCUUCACAUCCAACUCCUUCUCCGUGAUUGAGGACGAUGCAUUUGCGGGCCUGUCCCACCUGCAGUACCUCUUCAUCGAGGACAAUGACAUUGGCUCCAUCUCUAAGAACGCUCUCAGAGGACUUCGCUCACUCACACACCUGAGCCUGGCCAGUAACAAUCUCGAGACCCUCCCCAGAUUCCUGUUCCGAGGCCUGGAGACCCUAACUCAUGUGGACCUCCGCGGGAACCCGAUCCAGUGUGACUGCCGCGUCCUCUGGCUGCUGCAGUGGAUGCCCACCGUGAAUGCCAGCGUGGGGACUGGGGCCUGCGCCGGCCCCACUGCUCUGGCCCACAUGCAGCUCCGCCACCUGGACCCCAAGACGUUCAAGUGCAGAGCCAUAGAGCUGUCCUGGUUCCAGACGGUCGGGGAGGCGGCGCUGGGCGUGGAGUCCUUCUCCUACCAGGGGGAGCCCCACAUCAUCCUGGCACAGCCCUUUGCGGGCCGUUGUCUGAUCCUCACCUGGGACUACAGCCUGCAGCGUUUCCGGCCCGAGGAAGAGCUGUCCGCGCCCUCGGUGGUGUCCUGCAAGCCACUCGUGCUGGGCCCGAGCUUCUUCGUGCUGGCCGCCCGCCUGUGGGGCGGCUCGCAGCUCUGGGCCCGGCCCGGCCCCGGCCUGCGCCUGGCCCCCACACAGGCCCUGGCCCCACGACGGCUGCUGCGGCCCAAUGACGCCGAGCUCCUGUGGCUGGACGGGCAGCCCUGCUUCGUGGUGGCCGACGCCUCCAAGGCGGGCAGCACCACGCUGCUGUGCCGGGACGGGCCCGGCUUCUACCCUCGCCAGAGCCUGCACGCCUGGCACCGGGACACGGAUGCCGAGGCCCUGGAGCUGGACGGCCGGCCCCACCUGCUGCUGGCCUCUGCCUCACAGCGGCCCGUGCUCUUCCACUGGCUCGGGGGCCGCUUCGAGAGGCGCACAGACAUCCCCGAGGCUGAGGACGUCUAUGCCACACGUCACUUCCAGGCCGGCGGGGACGUGUUCCUGUGCCUGACACGCUACAUCGGGGACUCCAUGGUCAUGCGCUGGGACGGCUCCAUGUUCCGCCUGCUUCAGCGACUGCCCUCGCGUGGUGCCCACGUCUUCCAGCCGCUGCUCAUCGCCAGGGACCAGCUGGCUAUCCUGGGCAGCGACUUCGCCUUCAGUCAGGUCUUGCGUCUUGAGCCUGACAAAGGGCUCCUGGAGCCGCUGCAGGAGCUGGGGCCCCCAGCCUUGGUGGCCCCUCGCGCCUUUGCUCACAUCACCGUGGCCGGCAGACGCUUCCUCUUCGCCGCUUGCUUCAAGGGCCCCACACAGAUCUACCAGCAUCACGAGCUAGACCUCAGUGCCUGAAACGCGAGGGGACCUUGAGACCUUGGACACGGCUCGGAGGGGAGGGGGCACUGGCGCGGGGAGUCCCAGGCCUCUGGACACUCACUUGAAGGGCCUCCUGGCCCUACCCGGGGUGAUGGUAUCUGUGAGGUACCGACCACAGGCCGAGUUCAACACAAGGGACUUGAACUUCCAGUCUGAAGCAACAUCUCCGCCCGUGGCACACGUUCCGACCAAGCAUGACUUGGGGGCUCGGGCUGGGGCACCGCAAGAAGCUGGGGUACCGAAGCCAUGGUGGGGGCGAUGUGCAGAACUCCAUGAGGUCUGGAAGCGCCCCCUCAAGCCCACUCCCCUCCUGCUCCCUCUGAAAGUACUGAGGAGGAGAGAGCUUUCCUUUCCCUCUAAACUCAUUCUGGCCAAUCUCUUUUAGUGCCCGCCUCCGUGAGUCAUCAGUCGCUGGGCCGGUUUCCCCGCCCGGGCCUGCUAACUUCCUCUGCUGCUUUGUGCGCAUGCCUCCUGCCCAGGCGGAAGCCCAGCGUGUUGGCCCUCUUGCGCCUGCGCAAGAAAUAGGUGGGAAAAUAGGUGUUGUGGCUGGAGCCCCGGCUACCCUUUCUCUGGAGAGGACGGGAAGUGUAUAAGCUCAAUAAACACGCUGUGCACCUGCCUCA